ACUGGCUCAUUAGUUUGCGUUCCCUGAAACUCUGUCCCUUGCCGCCUUAUCGUAGUGCCAAUGCCGGUUGGAAAUGUUUCAUACUACAGCAGACGAAAGUAUUCCCCUCAGGCUCCACCGGAUCACCAGUCACGAAUAUUCUACGAAGAUUACACGCGCCCGGAAGGUGGCAGUGAGCGGAGCCGGUCAAAUGGAAGUGUGUCAUCGUCGGCAGCCAGCCACCAGUCGUCGUCCUCGUGCGUCAGUGUGAACAGUGCCACCUCGUCCACCUCGGUCUCGUCGGCUUCCGCGGCUGCCGACGCAGUGAACGCGAAUGUGCUGAGUGUCGUCGGCGGGCGUCCCAGUGCCGGCGGGUGGGUGCUCGAGAGGGAACCGAAUCCCGUGGCGGGUUGCAUCGAUAGUGCGUCCGUGCCGAGUCCUGGGCCAGCAACCGAUUGCUGUGUGCGUGCGAGUCCACUCGGCGGUGCCAGUGCAAGUGCGGUGUCCGUGACUUCCCAACAGGUGUCGAGUGUUCAGGCAAGUGUCGGUGGGUUCGGUACGAAAGGUGGGAGUAGUAGUUGCGGGGGCGGUAGUGUAGGUAGUGCUAAUAUUGGCGUCACAGGGCUGCAGCGUCGGGUUCAGGAAGUCCAACCGUGUGCUGCUGACGGUGGCGGAGGGAUCGACGAUCAAGCGAAUGGACCUCUGCUGCUGUGCCCGCCGGUUGUGGCCAGCAGUGCAGCCCGGACCCAAACCCGCCAGUCGUCACCAUCGACGGCGUCCGGUGUGCCCUUCACCGUAGCAUCGACCGUCGGUUCGGGACCCGGCCAGAUAUCCUCCACGCUCGCUCCGGCUGGCAGUAACAACAAUGAGGAGCUUGGACUACCUCUUUCGCCAGCCGACGGCAGCGGUGGCACGAGGGAAAUUUACGAGUUCACUGAAUGGGUGCCAACGGUGUCCGUGGGACGUGUCGGAUAA